AUGGGUGAAGCAGCUAUAAAAAAAAUAAUUGAAGGAUCUCUGAAAAAAGUUAUAGAAGAAAUCCACUGCACUAAAAAAGAGCUGAAAAAUUCUAUAGAUUCGAGUAAAACUAGACUUUUAAUGAAAUUGGAAGAAAAUAAUAAUAAAAUAAAAUUACUGCAAUCUGAGAAUCAAGAGCUCAAAAAUAAAGAAAGACUAAUUCUACUUUUGACUUCUUUUAUCAAGAAACGGGAAAUUUUUGAAAACAAAAACAAGCUAAAAGGAACUAAUUACUCCAUAUCUGAGGAUCUAACGCAAAGCCAACGUGAAGAUUAUAAAAACCUAAAAACUCAGUUAAUAAAUUUAAAAAAAAGUGGAAAGUACAACAAUUGUUACAUUAAAGGAACUCAUCUAAUACUGGAUGGAGAAAAAUAUACAGUUGAAGAACUUACAUUUAUCGACGGAAAAGCUCCCAAUAGUGCGCCGCCAACUCCUACUCUACAAGGUAAAUUUAGUCCAGAACAAACUGUGGUUCCACUGGUUGAAAGAAGCAAAGAAACCUCAAAACCUACUAAAUUCAAUAAAGGAACAAAAACAUCAAAAAUCGCAGCUACCAACGAAAAAUCUGAUAGGACAACACGAUUUGGCUCCACCUCUUCUAAUCGUUAA